UCUGACAUUUUUUGCCACUCUCCCCUGUUUCUCUCUUCCCACCUCCCCACUUCCCCACUUUCUCUCUCCUCAAUCAAUCAACUGCACAACAUUCUUUAUUUUUGUUCUUCAUUUUCACAUUUCAUUAAUUUUCUUUGAGUCACACUUGAAAAAUAAAAUUUUUAAGAGAGAAAAUGGGGAAAAUGUUACUACCCCAGGUGGGAUUUUUGCUGUUAUUCAUAUGGGUAAGUUUGAUAGAAGCAGAAGAUAUGAGAUAUAAAGACCCAACAUUGGCAGUUAAUAAAAGAGUAAAUGAUCUUUUAUCUCGGAUGACUUUGGAGGAAAAAAUUGGUCAAAUGGUGCAAAUUGAACGCAAAGUUGCUUCAGCUGAUGUUAUGAAAACCUACUUCAUAGGGAGUGUAUUGAGUGGAGGUGGAAGUGUGCCUGGUCCUAAGGCAUCUGCUGAAGCUUGGGUGAAUAUGGUUAAUGAAUUCCAGAAGGGUUCACUGGCUACUCGUCUCGGUAUACCGAUGAUUUAUGGUAUUGAUGCUGUUCAUGGCCACAACAAUGCCUACAAUGCCACCAUUUUCCCUCACAAUGUGGGGCUUGGGGUCACAAGGGACCCUGAACUUGUUAAGAAGAUUGGAGCUGCUACUGCACUUGAAGUUCGAGCAACCGGGAUUCCCUAUGCUUUCGCCCCGUGUAUCGCGGUUUGUAGGGAUCCGAGAUGGGGACGUUGCUACGAGAGUUAUAGUGAAGACCAUAGGAUUGUACAAAUGAUGACUGAGAUCAUUCCAGGCUUACAAGGAGAUGUUCCUACUAAUUAUCCAGAGGGUUUUCCUUAUGUUAAUGGAAAGAAAAGUGUAGCGGGUUGUGCCAAGCACUUUGUGGGUGACGGUGGUACGCAAAAGGGAAUCAAUGAGAACAACACUGUGAUCUCCGCCAAGGAGCUUUUUAGCAUCCAUAUGCCAGCUUACCUCGACUCCAUAAAGAAAGGUAUUGCAACAGUUAUGGUGUCUUACUCUAGCUGGAAUGGUGUGAAGAUGCAUGCUAAUCGCAAUCUUGUCACCGGUUAUCUCAAGAAUAAACUUAAGUUCCAUGGAUUUGUGAUAUCGGAUUGGGAAGGAAUUGACAGGAUCACCUCUCCUCCUCAUGCUAACUAUUCGUACUCCGUCCAAGCUGGAGUUCAAGCCGGGAUUGAUAUGGUGAUGGUUCCAAUGAACUUCAAUGAGUUCAUCGAUGAUCUUAAGUUGCAGGUGAAGAACAACGUCAUCCCCAUGAAGAGGAUUGAUGACGCUGUAAGGAGGAUCUUAAGGGUGAAAUUUGUCAUGGGCUUGUUCGAGAACCCAAUGGCUGACCUCAGUCUCGUCAAUGAAGUUGGCAGCCAGGAGCACAGAGAGUUGGCAAGAGAAGCAGUGAGAAAAUCCCUAGUUCUUCUAAAGAACGGUAAAUCGGCUUACAAGCCAUUACUUCCACUUCCGAAGAAGGCACCAAAGAUACUUGUAGCAGGAACCCAUGCCGAUAACUUGGGUAACCAAUGUGGUGGAUGGACUAUUGAAUGGCAAGGUGCUAAUGGCAAUGACAUUACAUCAGGUACAACAAUAUUGACUGCUGUGAAGAACACGGUUGAUCCAACAACCCAAGUAGUCUUCAACGAGAACCCAGACCCAAACUUUGUCAAGUCAGGUGGAUUUUCGUAUGCCAUAGUAGUUGUAGGAGAGCCACCCUAUGCCGAGACAAAUGGUGAUAGCUUGAACUUGACGAUUCCAGAACCUGGCCUCAACACAAUAAAGAAUGUUUGUGGAGGUGUCACAUGUGUGGUGGUGGUCAUCUCAGGCAGGCCCGUUGUUAUCCAACCUUACUUGGCAACCAUUGAUGCCCUCGUUGCUGCCUGGCUGCCUGGGACUGAAGGCCAGGGUGUUACUGAUGUGCUGUUUGGUGACUAUGGAUUUACUGGCAAGCUUGCACGGACAUGGUUCAAGUCAGUUGAUCAACUACCAAUGAAUGUGGGUGACCCACAUUAUGACCCGCUAUUUCCAUUUGGGUUCGGGCUUACUACGAAUUCUACCAAAGGAUACUAAAAUUUAAAUAUGUAAGUGAUAGUACUAGUAGUAGUAUUUGGUGUUGUCAGUAGGUUUGAAAAAGUUAUUCUAAAGGAUACACCCACAAUUAUUUCAUGGUUGGGUGAACCUAAGAGUAUUGUUCUUGUACAACUGGUGAUAGUGACCAAAAUUCUUGUAGUCAUGAAAUUUUUUGACUUCUCAUUUAUCUAAAUUAUUGAUUCAUGCAAAACAGAA